AUGGAGAGCAAGUACGUCUACUUCGACCUCGACUAUUAUGGGGUGGGCUUCUAUGAGGAAGAAAUAAUGACCGAAUCUCAGCAGAGGCUAGCUGAAGCAGCAGCCCGUAGAUGCUACGGAAGAGGUGUACGAGUUCUGCAUGAGCUAGGUGAUACAGACUACGUGAACCGUGAAUAUGAACAUCACUAUUAUCAUGAAAGAAACGAAACACGGGCCAUCCACAGUGAGCCUGGACGGGGAAAGCUUGGUGGGCCUGGGAAAGCCGCUGGAGCAGUUUCUCAACCCUCCAACAAGCGACGUGUAAAAUACAAGUUCACCUACGGGCAAGUUUGUGAACUGGACAGGGUUUUCCAAGAAACCCAGUAUCCUGAUGCACUCCAAAGAAAAGCACUUGCAGAGCUCAUUCAUGUGGACGAAUGCAAAGUGAAGGCUUGGUUUAAGAAUAGGAGGUCUAAAUACAGGAACAAGCAGAUGGAAUUCCUACUCAGCAAUGACACAUCUGGUUCCUUGAACAACUUUCCACCCAAGAAGGAUGAAGAUCCCGAGAGUGCCUCUGUUGCUAAGGCAUCACAACAGUUCCUCUUGUGCCAGUAA